AUGUCUGUGGCAAACAGUUUCGUAGCAAAGGUUGUAUUAGUCGUCAUAAACGUGUUCAUAAUAAUCAAAAGUCGUACAUUUGUCCGGUGGAAGAUCGAGUCUGAUGACGUUGUAAUAUCAACGGUUGAAAACGAAAAUACAAACGCUGAAGAGGUAGAAUACGUCCAGUGCUCUCAAUGCGGUAUUGUCUUCGAAGACAUGAAAUAUUUCAUAGAUCAUAUGAAUGUCGAGCAUGAAGCUCAAAUGCAUUACUGCCAAUAUUGUAAGUUAGUUUAUCAUGGUAAAGAGAAAGAAUUCGAGGAACACCUAUCGAUACAUAACGAUGAGUUAAAAGAUGCCACAGAGAAUGAAGUAUUGAAAUGCGUGAAUAAAACGAGAAAAGGUGAUAAACCGUCUACUGUAGGUGUUGAGAAAUCAUCUACUGUAGGUGUUAAAAAACCGUCUACUGUAGAUGUUGCAAACCCUCUGUAUUAUACGUGCAACUUUUGCGAAAGAAUUUUCACGAGGAAACCCGAAUUGAAAAAACACAUGCACACGCAUUCCAAUCGAAUCCAAAAUUCAGACGAAUCCGAACUUGUAGAUAAAGCGAAACAAAUAAUAGACGAUCGUGUUUCUUACAAAUGUGACAUGUGUAAAAAGUUUAUAUUUACGAAGCGCGGAUUCUUACGCCACAUUCGUGUCCAUUCUGACAAACGACCCUGUAAAUGCGAUUUAUGUGGGAAAUCUUAUCGAAUCGAACAAGAUUUAGCCAGGCAUAUAAGGGACGUUCACGAAAGAUUGAAGAAAUACAAUUGCGAUAUAUGUGGUCGUGCGUUUGCGAAUAAAGGAUCAAAAGAUGAUCAUCGAAGGAUUCAUACGGGUGAACGUCCGUACGCCUGUGAAUACUGUCCGAAAAUGUUUCGUACACUGAACUCCAUUUAUAUUCAUAAUCGUGUACAUACAGAUUAUAAACCUCAUAAAUGUUCGUAUUGUGGAAAAUACUUCAGAAGCAAGCAGAGGCUAACUCAUCAUGAAACUACGCACACAGGCAUUAAAGCAUUUGCCUGCGAAAUUUGCGGUAAGACGUUUUCCGUCAAGGGAGAAGUCGGACGACAUCGUGCGGUGCAUAACGAAGAAAAACCUUUCAAUUGUAAAUGCGGUGUGAAAUUUGGACAAAAGAGAUACUUGAGAAACCAUAUAAGACAGCAGCAUCAAGAAAUGUCUUCUCGGUUAUUGGCAGAUUUAUUGGGAAAUAAGAAUUGAAAUGCGC